AGAAACUACGACUCCCAGAAUACAUCGCGCCUGGGCACCGGAAAAUCGACUAAUCCGGAAGUGGCAUGUGUCCUGCUCCAACUAGGAUCCGGCAGAAAUGGCCACAGGAACAGACCAGGUGGUUGGAUUUGGCCUGGUGGUGUUCAGUCUUGUGACCUUCACCUACUACACAAUUUGGGUGAUCAUUCUGCCCUUCAUAGACGGCGAUCACGUCAUCCACAAGUACUUCCUGCCCAGAGAGUACGCCAUUAUCAUCCCUCUAGCAGCUGGCCUGUUCCUAUUGCUGUUUGUGGGGCUAUUCAUCACUUACGUAAUGCUGAAGAAUCGGAAGCCAGCCAAGAAGACAAACUGAAGGUGGAGGUGUAGCCAGACGUCUGUAGGGAGGAAGCUGGAGGUCAGAUCUUGGACCCUGUGUGCUGCAUCUCAGCGGGGACUGGAAGAGACUCUGGGGGCAGGAAUUAGAGAGGAUUCCCAUGCCCCUCACCUCACCACCUCCUCUCAGGCUAGGGUGCACUGGGGCAGGGGUGUAGUCCUGCUCUCAGGACACAGCUGAUGAGCCUCAGCAUCCCAGAUACCCCCAAAGCUGUACAUGUUGGUGCUCUGGGACUGACCCGAAGUGAGUUCCAUCUGUGACUGCCUGCCUCCUUCAUCCUGGCAUUGGGCCCAUGUGGGAGGAGCAAGAGGAGGGCAUUUAGCUCUUCUCCCUGGGCCCCUCUCCCAGUUUGAUGGGUGAAAGAGACACCGACCCCCUUCCCUCUGUCCUGCCCUCCCAGGCUCUGCAGACGAGCUUCCAUUCACAUUCCUCUGGGUCUCUUCCCUUCUCUACCUCUUGCUUGGUGGAAAGUCAGCUUUUCAGAGGCUGACAGAACCUUGGGCUUAUCCAGGGGCACAGGCUCUACUAGACGAACCCCUGGCCCUAAAUUCGUUUUCCUGGGAACAAGACCGGACCCCGGCCCAGUGAAGGGGCCAAAGAGAGGGAGAUGCUCAGUUCAGGCUGUGAAAACUGUAAAAACUUGGUGGACCAAACUCCUGGCACUGCCAGGUACAAAGCCCUGACUGAUCUUUGUCCAAUGUGCUGUGUCACACCCCAUACCCAUCUGACCUCCAUGUGGUCCCUACACCUGCUGCAGCCCCUGUGCUAAUGAGCUUCCAGCUUCAUCUGUGUGUGUCAAUAAAUAUUUAAUAUGUG